AUGUCCUCGAAAUGGUUGCCGCGUUAUAUGGAAAAUCCUUUUCAAAAGAAUCCAAAGAAAGGAGCUCAGUCUGUCGCGAAGACAUGGUUGGAAAAUGAAGCGGGACAGCUUUUGAAGAAAAUAAUGAACAGAUCUUCGGAUGACGAUGAUUUGCAUGGAGGCGCAUACACCGGUGAAGCGGGUAUUGCAUAUGCUUUGUUAAGAGCUUCUUCAUCAUCCUUUAACCACAGUCGAGAGGAAUCAAUGAAAUAUGGAAGACGCAUACUUAUGCGGCAUUUGGAAGCUGUUAGAAAAAAUAAAUCAAACCGAGAAACAUGUUAUUUGUUGGGAUCAUUAAGUAUUUACGUGGUCUACAUACUAUACGAAAAAACAAGCGAAAGAAGCAAACAGUUGAUUGACCGUAUUAUUGAGAUCGGCCAUCUUAUAGCCAGCAGUGAUGUACUUGGUAAUGGAGAUGACGAACUGCUUGCUGGGCGCGUCGGUUUCCUCGCUGCCGUCAUCACUCUUAGGCAACAUAUGGAUCAUGGAGUCAUUCCUGACGUAUGUGUUGGAAACGUUGUAAAUAAAGUAAUUGCUUCUGGUAGAUCUUAUGCGACUUCGAAACAGUUUAAGGUGCCGUUAAUGUAUCAUUAUCAUGGGCGUCAUUACCUGGGUGCAGCCCAUGGUCUUAUGGGCAUCCUGCAGAUGUUACUUUGCUUCGUUGAAUUUUUGGAUGAGGAGGCAAAAUCCGAUGUCUUGAAAACAGUGGAUUGGAUUGUAUCACUGCAGUUAAAAAAUGGUAACAUUCCGGCAAAAGUAGAAGAGGGAGGACUCGAUCGAGGUGAAAAUGAACUGGUUCAUUGGUGUCAUGGUGCGACUGGUGCUGUUCAUUUGAUGGUUGUUGCGUAUUUACGAACCUGCAACGAGAAAUAUCUAAAAAGUGCAGAUGCAGCGCUGAAUCUUAUUUGGCAGAAGGGUAUCUUGAUGAAAGGGCCGGGGAUAUGUCAUGGUGCUGCUGGCAGUGGUUAUGCUUUCCUAUUAUUUCACCGACUUACCAAUGAACAGCGGUACCUGGAUUGCGCUCGCUGUAUUGCGAAAGCUUUUUGUAGUGAAGACUUCAGACGAAGGGCUCGGACACCUGACCGACCGUAUAGCUUAUUCGAAGGGAUAAGUGGAACUUUAUGUUUUAUGUGUGACUUGUUGGAACCACAUAAAACGCAAUUUCCUCUUGUACCUAUACCUUUUUCCUGA